CAUUGAUUCCUCUUCCAGAUCUUCAUUUGUCCCCUUAAGCUUUGGGGCAUGUGCCAUGAUUUUCUUGAAGUUCCCCUCUCUCCUGGUUCAGUUUCUAAGUGGUUAAGAGCAUUGAAUUUCAGGAGGGGAGGAGCAGAAGAAAGAAACAACUAUGCCAGGCAUAGCUUCAUUGUUUCUUCGGGUAUCCUCAGCUCUAUUCUUUGCAGUGUCAUCUUUCCUCAUUGUUGUGAUCAACAAAUGGGUACUCACUUCCCUCAAGUUUCCAUCCUACCAGUUUUUGGGAAUGGGACAAAUGAUAGCUAUUGUGGUAGUCCUUCAGCUGUCCAAGACAGGAGGUAUCCUCACCUUUCCUGACUUCUCUACGGACAUUCCCCAAAAGAUAUUUCCUCUCCCCCUGUUGUAUCUUGGCAAUCUCCUUUCUGGCCUUGGUGGUACAAAGCGAAUCAGUCUCCCAAUGUUGCCAGUAUUAAGACGAUUCUCUAUGCUUAUGACCAUGUUUGGUGAGUGGCUUGUCUUGAGGAAUGACUUGGGCUUUGAUGCAUAUGGAUAUUCAUUGGUCCUGUUAAAUGACUUCUUCACUGCAACAAAUGCUGUCUAUAUGAAGAAGAAGUUAGAUGCUGCUGAACUGGGGAAGAAUGGACUUCUCUUCUAUAAUGCAGCUUUCAUGCUCCCACCAACCAUGCUCCUUGUCUUCUUCAAUGGGGAGUGGGAUCUGGUCGUCGCCUAUGAAUCAUGGAACAACCCCAUGUUCCUCAUGGGAUUUAUAGGAGCAUGUGUGAUGGGAUUCGUCUUGCAAUACAGCAUUGUCCUUUGUACCCACUAUAAUUCUGCCCUGACAACUUCUGUCAUCGGGUCCCUGAAGAACAUUGCAGUAACAUAUGCAGGGAUGUUCAUUGGAGGGGAUUAUAUUUUCUCAUGGCCAAAUUUCAUUGGUCUCAAUGUCAGCAUUGUGGGUAGCCUCUGCUAUACUUAUGUUACAUUCCGGCCCUCCUCCUCAGAAUCCAAGAAAAACCAUCAAAAUGGCCAGAUCAAUGACAAUCCAUCUCAUGUCAAAGUUCAGAGUAGCAUGAAGUCAGCUACGUGAACAUGGUGAUUGUGAAGGGGCAUUCAUAACUUAUGUGCCCUUCUUCAUUCAAGUGCCUGUUAAUUUAUUCACUUGCCAUUAGUAUACUUUCAUGUGACACUGCUUCCCUUUUCAAAGUUGAAUCAUAGAAUUUCUUAUUUUUGCUGCUCACAUAGAUUUGAUUUCUGGAAUAUAUGUAUAUUAUGUCAGACAUGUCAGUUGUUUCUUGCUUUGCAUU